GCGUGGCACCAUCGGGUCUGUCCCCUUCGCCCUCUGCUAGUACGGCGCUUUGGAUCACGUGAGGGCGGAGGGCGCGGCCGGCGAUUGGCUAGCGAGCGAGCGAGCGGGCAGGAGCCGCGCGAGAGCGCAGGAGCAGCAAGGCCCGUUGGGAAAGUGGCUUCUGCUCUAGUCUUCCGGUUGGGGGGUUUCGUGCGUGAACGGCGGAGGAGGCAGUGGCAGCGUGACAAUGAGGCGACGCUCUUGUUGCCGUCGCCGCGGACUUCUAUAGCCUGGCUCGGGCCCAGCCCAGGCGGUGCUGCCGGCAAUAGCGGGAGGACCUGCUCCUCCUUCUCCGUCCCACCAUGGGGAACACGGUCACCUGCUGCGUCUCUCCCGGCGCCAGCCCCAAGCUCGGCCGGGUCCGUGGGGCGGCGCUGGGGGCGGCGGCCGCAGGAGGCGGAGUGGGAGCCGGGGCCAGGCCGGCGGCCGCGGGGCUCGAGCGGAGGGGGGGCGCUUAUCGGGAGGUCACUGAAGCGGAGUCGGGGGACUCGGAUCCCGGCGGGGGCGGCCCUCACCUGCAGCACAUCAGCGACCGCGAGUUCCCGGACGAUUUAGCAUUGGAGUCAAAUCCAUCAGACCAUCCUAGAGCAAGCACAAUUUUCUUGAGCAAAUCCCAAACAGAUGUGAGAGAGAAGAGGAAAAGCAACCACAUCAACCAUGUUUCCCCAGGACAGCUUACAAAAAAAUAUAGUUCAUGUUCAACAAUAUUUAUUGAUGACAGCACAGUAAGCCAGCCUAAUCUUAGGAGCACAAUAAAAUGUGUUACGUUAGCAAUAUACUAUCACAUAAAGAACAGGGAUUCAGAUAGAUCACUGGACAUUUUUGAUGAGAAAUCUCAUCCACUCACGCGUGAAGAGAUUCCAGAUGACUACUAUAAGCAUGAUCCUGAUCACAAGCACAUUUAUCGCUUUGUCCGUACCCUUUUUAGCGCAGCGCAACUGACGGCCGAAUGUGCAAUAGUGACAUUGGUUUACUUGGAAAGGCUUUUAACCUAUGCAGAGAUUGACAUCUGCCCAAGUAACUGGAAGAGAAUAGUUCUAGGUGCUAUCCUGCUAGCUUCUAAGGUGUGGGAUGAUCAGGCUGUGUGGAAUGUGGAUUACUGCCAAAUACUGAAGGAUAUUACAGUGGAAGACAUGAAUGAAAUGGAAAGACACUUCUUGGAGCUGCUGCAGUUCAAUAUCAAUGUUCCUGCCAGUGUUUACGCCAAAUACUACUUUGACCUUCGCUCCUUAGCAGAUGACAACAACCUGAGCUUUCUGCUGGAGCCCCUUAGUAAAGAGCGAGCCCAAAAACUGGAGGCUAUCUCCAGGCUGUGUGAGGGCAAAUAUAAAGAUUUGUCAAAAGCUGCUAUGAGACGAUCAUUCAGUGCUGAUAACUUAGUUGGCAUUCGCCGUUCUAAUGCCAUCCUCUCUUGAGCAAGAUGGAACGCUGUGACAAUGUUGUACCAGCAUUCCUAUGGACCGGGGAUACCUUCUCCACUCCAAGCUCACAAGUCGGCAGUGAUGGUGUCUUCCAGCCAGAGGACAGGGUGAGCAAAUCAAGCCAAGGAAGCCCAGAGCCAGAGGAGCAUGAUUCCAGGGGUGGAGGGGGGAGAAGAUGGGACCUUUUUCAAAUGGGCACACUCCUUUAAAAAUCCAGAGGUGCAAAAACUUUUUAAAGAGCCUUUUUUCUCCCUUUCUCCUCAUUGCCCCCCCCCCAAUCCACAGAUGUUUGCUUACUGUGUAGGCCUAUAGCUGUGAACUAUGUAAGUUUUUAAUAAUGACUAGUUUUAAAUUUUAGAAUUCGAACAUUAACACGAUGCUAGCCACAACAUUAUAUUCCCCUCAGUCAUCCAGGACCUGGCUGCAGUUGCCAUUCAGUGUUAAAUUUUAACGUCGUAUGAAGCCGCUCUGGGGCUAACCCUGCAGCACUAGCAAGUGAAGGGUUCUUUUUCACCCACCGCAUGUUUACUAACAAGAAUGUUGAUUGCUACACUGGUGUUCACUUAAAAGACCAAGGAGCUGCUGAGUGGCAAGCUGUGCUAACGGUGUCAGUGCAAACUCUCCACUUGAGAUUGUCAAGGAACUGUAAACGUUUGGGAUAGGAUCAGAGAAAUGGUAUUCUGUGUUCACUGAUUUGAAAACCAGUUGGUUGGGGUCCAUUUCUUGUCAACUAUGGUGCUUCUCACAUUCUUAUAUUUCUAGUUGAGCCCUGGGAGAGAUGCAGUCCGCGUAAUACUUUUUUUUGCUGGAAGAGCUGAAUAGAGCUGCAUUGAAAGCUUAGCCUGGACAAAUGUACUGACUUGACGAUGAACAGACAAUAGGGCUGCUCUGCUAAACUCUUCCACUACAAAUAAUGGAUAUGGAGCAAGGCCUGCUUUCGUUCCAAGCUUCUAAAAAGCUUUAAAUUCACAAUGGAAAACUAUUUUGAAAGUCCUGGACUUGUUAAUGGGGGCAAUAUGAUGAUUUUCAGUUCAUAUAAUUGCUUUUUUAAAAAACUUUUUUAUUUUAAAGCCUAGUAUGCACCGUUCCUUGCUCUGGAAGUGAACGUCUGGAUUUUGGCUUUUUCUGUAAAUUAAGUUUGCUCUUCCAGAAGGGAAUUUGAGAUAAAUCAAGUUUCUCACUCCUAAGAAUAGGAAGCAUCCUGGAUUACAAACCUUCAUAGUUCCAGGUCAAAAGAUCUAAACAGUUUAUACUUUAAAAAACUCCAUAUUUUUGUGCAAUCCCUCUUCCAGUUUGGUUCCUUGAUAUUAUUUAAUAUUGAGCCCAACUUGCUUCUCGAGUGUUCAGUGGCACUCAUGCAGUAUUUUAAUAUACCAGCUCCAGGCAAGCAUUCUACAGAGUCUGUGGCUUCAGGUAUCCAUCACAAUUCAAUUUUGAAACAAAUGCUACAUCUUCAGGUGGCUUUCCUUUCUCAUGUUUGUAUUCAAAGAGAAGCUCAUAAUAAACUCUAUUUUAAUUAA